GCAGGGCACGGCUGCGGGCGCGGGCGGCGGCGUUCGGCCCUCCAUGUGACGGGUGCGGCCCAGGCAAUCGAGCGCGCUGCCGAGAGAGCGGGCCUCCGCACCGCCGGCGGGAGAGUUCACAAUGACGAAUGAAGAACCUCUCCCAAAGAAGGUUCGUCUUAGUGAAGCAGAUUUUAAAGUUUUGCCUAGAGAUGAACUUAUCCUAAGGUGGAAACAGUAUGAAGCGUACGUGCAAGCUUUGGAGGGCAAGUACACAGACCUUAAUUCUAAUGAUGUGACGGGAUUGAGAGAAUCUGAAGAGAAACUGAAACAGCAACAGCAAGAAUCUGCCCGAAGAGAAAAUAUUCUGGUCAUGAGGCUGGCAACUAAAGAACAGGAGAUGCAAGAGUGUACUAAUCAGAUUCAGUACCUCAAGCAAGUCCAGCAGCCUAGUGUUGCCCAACUGCGAUCAACAAUGGUGGACCCAGCCAUCAACUUGUUUUUCCUAAAAAUGAAAGGUGAACUGGAACAGACUAAAGACAAACUGGAACAAGCCCAAAAUGAACUGAGUGCCUGGAAAUUUACGCCUGAUAGCUUUUUUCUCCCCCUUUGCUUCAGAGGCCUGACGGCGUCGGACUAUUCUGAAGAAAUUGCCAUCUCCGAAAAAAAAAUAUUUUCUAGAACACGUAGACAUUUGCAAAAUUGUUCUAUUUGAAGAAAAUAGAGGGAAAAACAGAAGUCUUAAGUCUGUGGCACACUGUGUCUACAGACAGUUUGGAGGAAAGAACCUAGAGAUUAUAAAUCAUGAAUUGAACAUGCAAAAUUCCCGUAAAAUGUAGAAGUGGAAUAUGCUUCGCUCUUAACCUUGAGCCUAGUGACUUAGAGACACUAAGUCAGUUUUCCAAUAAGACUGUGGACUUCCUGCUUGUUCACUGAACUGCUGGGUCAAAACUCGAUGAGGUGAAUUUUGCAUUAAAGAGUUUACUUGCUAACCACUUUUGAAUAGCCACGAGAGUGCUAUUUGAUAUCACGUCAGUGGUAGUGUACACAUUUGACUGUUAAGCAUUCGGGCUCUGUAACACCUGACGGAGCCUUAAGUCAAUGUUGCUAAAUAAUGAACUGUUCUGGAUGGUUGGUAAUGCUGUGGACGCCUCAAAAUUAGGACUGUACAAGAGCGUACAUUCAAUCUAAUUGCAAGCUUAAAGUUGUCGGAAGCACUAUAUAUUUGAUCACAACUAGCAUGUAUAAGAAAAACUAGUUGUGAUAAGUAUUCCGCUGCAUGUUUUCAUGCAGAAGUGAGAUUUUUUUGAUCUUCUAUAUUAACUGAUCUCAAAUGCUCUAUGCGGAAGGCACACAAUGACAGCUGUCUUCAGUGUUGGUGGGGUGUUUUUAUUCCUUUGUACACCUGUUUUUUUUGUAUUGCACUUCUAUAUAAAAUGUGCCUUGAAAUAGUUGUAAUAUAUAGUUCAAGGAACACUAUUGGUUAUAUUGUUGUACUGUGAAACUCCUGGGAUGAACGAGAAUCAAACAGGUUGUUGUUUCUGCAUUGUCUCGUUCUCUGAAUUUAAAAAAAAAAAAAAUAAUUAACAAAGCACAAGAAGUUAAAUGCAUGCAUUUUCCUUGGUGGAAUCAGUGAAGGAACCUUUGCUACUCUAUUGAUGCCUCUGUUCUGUUGUCCCCAAGCAACAAGGGACAGCUGGGAGUGCAGAUCUGAGGUGUGUAAACUGAAAUGCAGAUUUGAUGCAGCAUUUGUAUAUUUAUUUUUUAUCUUGGCAAACUGAGCUCUAGUACAGUAAGUUUUUGAUUUUUCAAAUCAAUUGGGUGACACUUUAUGACUGUCUGAUUCUAGUAAAUGCAGUUUUAAGUUAAAAAGAGAUUCAGCUGUCACAGAAGGUGAUGUAUUCUCUUUCAAUGAUUUUAACUAAGGUAAUGUUACAUAUUUUUAACUUAAAAGUAUCACCUGUGCUUUAGAUGGAUUAAUAUGGGAUUGAAGAUUAGUGUACUUAUGCAGAUUUAUUUUUUUGCAUGAGUAAUGAUUUAACAGCAAAGAAAAACAUCUAGAAAAACUUUUAAGUGAUUCAUCUGGGAUUAUUUUGCUAUAGCAGAGUCUAAGAUUUUAAUGAUCUAGCAUCAAAACAGAGGUAAGACUUGCAUUAAUAAACUGUUAAUGUGUUGCCAAGGCAUUUGUAAAGCUUACUAUGUGUUGAUAGAGACAUGCCGUGUAGAUUGCUUGUUUUAUGUGGAGUUCAGAAAUGAUUUAAAUGCCGUUAAGCACAGGUUGGUUGGUUUCCUCUAGUUCUCAGACUCUUAAAUGAGACACCAGUAACUAUUACCAGUUUCCUUCAAGCAAAAGUAUCAAAUUUUUGUCACUUCUGUAGCUACGUUGUGCUUUAAUGUGCAUCAUCCAAUUUUAAAUCACAGUGGUGUGAAUGUGCAUACUUAAAUAAGCAGUAGUUGGAGUAGAGAAGAUUUAGAUUUAUUUCCUGGUAUAGAAUUGAAGCUAUUUUCAUAACUGCUCAUAAUUUUUUAAGAAAUAUUUCUGAAAGGGCAAAGAAAUGGUUAAUCAUGUAAACCAUUCAUAGAAUUUUUAAUUCUUUGCCCUUCUUCCCCCUCUUGGUUUUAAUUGCCCUUCCUUGUACGCAACCACUUAUUUCAUGAUAUCUGACCUAGUAUCUGAAAGAGCUGAUGCUUCUAUUCACAUCACCAGCUUUGUGUGUUCUUGAAGUAAUAUGUUGAUUGCAACAUUAAGCAGUAUUAGUUCUGGACCUUAACCAAAGAUAAGAGGUGCACAGUGUAAUCCUUACUAAUGCCUAGAGAGAGAAAUAGAAGGGCAUAUAAUUGAGGGGAUGGCUUUGUUAAGCUGUUUGAACCAUCAUUAUGCAUACAAUGUACAUUUGAAUUAAAAAUCAGUAAUAUCAA